UCUUCCAUCUUCCUUAUUUAGUUACAUACCAACUUCAUUCUCCCCAAGAACAAUGUGGUGGAAAUGUCUAAUGAGCACUUUUGGUUUACUCUUUCCAGUAGCUCUGGGAUCCGUUGUAUCAAGCGAUAAUAACGGCUAUUUUCUGGCAUCAUUAUAUAAAAGAGUGUUUGAAGGCAACUACACAUCAGCAAUCCGGCCUCAUUGUAGCGAAAAGGCAGUGAACGUAACAAUUGAUGUAGGACUUCGAGAAAUAGUAGACUUGUCAGAGAAACACGAAACCAUCAAACUAAAAAUUUGGGUUCGACUCAAGUGGGAAGACUGCAAUCUCACGUGGAAUACUUCAGACUUCGGUGGAAUUUCUAAAAUGGUAGUUCCAUACGACAAAAUAUGGAUCCCAGAUGUGACUUUGUUCGAGGGUAUCAACGAGAUUGCAAAUAUGCCAGAUAUGAAACAAUAUAGGUCCUUGAUAACAAAUCUUGGAGAAGUGUAUUAUCAGUUCCCAACAACAGUGCACAUGACAUGCGGAAUGAACAUCGCCAAGUUUCCAUUUGAUCAUCAAAUGUGCACAAUAACCUUUGCUCCCUGGAUACAUACAAACAGAGAAAUAGAUAUGUUCAGUAAAUCUGACACUGGGGAUCUCUCUUCCUUCGUCAUCAACCAAGAAUGGGUUGUGGUAAGUCUAAAGGCAACCAAGAUUACUGAAUUGUACAAUUGCUGUGAUGAACCAUUUUCUAGCAUUUCCUAUAAACUGGUAAUCAAACGCAAAGCCACUUUCUACAUAAUCACGAUGAUUCUGCCUUUCUUUGCCCUCACCAUAUUAUCUGUUGCUGGUUUUGUUUUGCCAUCCAUCUCUGGUGAGAAGAUCGCAUUCCAUAUGAACAUUCUUUUGGCUGUAACCGUGUUUCUGCUGUUGAUUCAGGACACGCUUCCAUCCUCCUCCGAAUUCUUCCCCAAAAUUGGAAUCUACUUCACCAUCACCCUCCUGUUGACGUGCUUGUCGUGUGUCAUGUCUGCCAUAGUUCUUUAUCUGUUUUACCAUGAUCUCAGUGGCAAGCAGAUGCCAGAAUGGGUGAGGAAAUUUUUCGUUCAGGGACUCGGCCGCCUUAUGUUCAUAAAACCACACACACUAAUACCUGUUAAAUCUCAAGCAAACAGUCAACAAGACACAGUUCAGGAGAAUGCUGUGAGAAGGAGUGUGAUUCCAACAGACAAAUUCAAAAAGAACAGGAAGAGUAUAAAACCAACAGUUUUAAUGGGAGUUCAGAACGCCAUCUAUGGUGAUUGGGAGGAAGAACUGGGCGACGAACUACGAAACAAAACCAGAGCGACCUUCAUGGAAACUGAUAAGUCUGUAUACUCUGAAGCUAACAAGAUGAAUGAGUGGGAACUGUUGGCCUACACGCUGGACCGGUUCUUUACUGUUUUCUACAUCUUUGUCACAAUCAUCAACACUACUGCCUUUCUCAUUGUGCUUAGUCAGAAUGAUGAACCAUAAAUGUGUUAAAUAGUAGAGUUCAUGGAAAUUUCAAUACAGGGUCAAUGUGUGUAUGAGAUAAAUUACAAUGACAGAGAGUCUUAGUAUAAA